CCAAUAUACAACAUGGACAUCAUCACAGAAUGGUCUUUUAUAGCAGCACUUGUCUUCUCCAUCUUUUGCACAUUUGUAUUCACUUACACUAGUCAAAGAUUAAAUAGGCCAUCCAAGGCUUAUAACCUUCCCCCAAGCCCUCCAAAGCUUCCGAUUAUCGGAAACUUGCACCAACUACUCGGUAAGCCUCGUCACGAGGCCCUUUGGCAACUUUCCAAACAAUAUGGUCCCCUUAUGCAAAUCCAAAUUGGUUCAAAACAAAUGCUUGUCAUCUCUUCCCCACCCAUGGCCAAACAAGUCCUGAAAACUCAAGAUCAUAUUUUUUGUAAUCGUCAACCUUUCCAGGCCACUAAACAACUAUCUUACAACUUUGUGGACGUUGUCUUCUCGCCCCACGAUGCUCACUGGAAGGAGAUGCGCAAGCUGUUGGUGUCGGAGCUCAUGGGUCCCAAGAGAGCUAAAGUGCUUCAUCGCGUGUUGGUGACAGAGAUUGAGAACGUUAUUCAUUCUCUAUCACCAAACACAGCGGUAAACAUGAACGAUAUGUUUUUGGAUAUAGUUAAGCAGAUGAUGUGCAAGGUGGCGUUUGGUAACAACUAUAGAGAACAACCGCUUAAGGGUCCGUCUUGGGAUGUGAUGCUUGAUGAAACAAUUGAUUUACUCAAUGGAUCCGUUAGUGAUUCUUUUCCACUUUUAGGUUUUUUUAUCGACCGACUUAGUGGAUGGAAUCGUACGCUGAAUGAACGCUUUAGAAAUCUUGAUGCAUACAUCGACGCGAUCAUCGAUGACCAUCUCAAAGAAAACGUUGAAGAAAUAAGUGAGGAGGACAAAGAUUUCGUCCAUACUUUACUUGAGAUGUCUUCCAAAGAAAAUGCUUCUGGAUUUCGGCUGAAUCAUGCAGAUUUAAAAGCUCUGGUGAUGAACAUAUUUAUCGCGGGGAUUGAUACAACAGCUUUGGUGAUGUUAUGGGCAAUGUCCGAGAUCAUAAAAAAUCCUAGAGUGAUGAAAAAAUUACAAAGUGAAAUCCGAAAUUACACAGGAAGAAUACAAAAGGUAGAAGAAAUGAAUACAACAAAAAUGACAUACUUGAAAAUGGUGGUGAAAGAGACACUAAGGUUGCACACACCUGCCCCAUUGUUGAUUCCACAUGAAAGCUUAAGCCAUACUCAAAUUGAUGGCUAUGACAUAUUACCUAAUACGCCGGUUAUAAUCAACGCUUGGGGGAUAGCAAGAGACCCAAGCACGUGGGGGGAGAACGCGGCCAAGUUCUAUCCAGAGAGGUUUGAAAAUGUUGGUGGUGAUUUUGGACCGGAUGGGUUUGAGAUGCUCCCGUUUGGAGGGGGGCGAAGGUCUUGCCUAGCCAUGAACUCAGCUCCGACAAACGUAGAGUUUGUGAUUGCAAACCUUCUUUACUGGUUUGAUUGGGAACCGGCUAGCGGAACCAAGUGUGAAGACAUGAACAUGGAAGACUUUGGUACUAUCGUUCUUGGAAAGAAAGUUCCCCUAUGCCUUGUACCCACAAAGCAUAAGUGGAAGAAUUAAUGGAGCCUAAACUCUAUUAACUGCAAAACAUCUAUCUUUUCCUUCACAAAUAAAUUAAAUAAAGUACCAACAUACAAGCAGGUUAAUUUGUAUGUUUGCAUGGGUUUUCAGUUUUCUUGUAAUAUACUCUCUAAAUUCCAGAACAAUCAUCUGGCUUGUAUCGAUCCUAAAAGUGUUGGUUUUCUGUAUGUUUGUCUCUAUAUUUCUAUCCAGCCACUGUAA